AUGGAUUACGAAAUGGAAAUCGAGCCCGUUGGGCCGCAAGUGACCGUCCGUGAGGCAGAGCCAUAUCGCGUUGACUUCAAACUGUCCAGCGUCGACCUCGCGCUCGCAAACUCACUUCGACGCGCGAUGAUCGCCGAAGUGCCCACAGUAGCUAUAGAUAUUGUCGAGGUUGAGACCAACACAUCCGUGCUCCCGGACGAGUUUCUCGCGCACCGCCUGGGUCUUAUUCCGUUGAACAGCAAACAUUGCGAUAAUGACAUGGAAUACAAUCGAGACUGCACAUGUGAAAGCUGGUGCUCCAGAUGCAGCGUGCGGCUGACGUUACAUGCGCGGUGUAAUCAGGCGGAUGAUGUUAUGAAGGUUUAUUCUCGGGAUUUGGUGGUCACUGGUGACAGGGCCAAUGAGUGGGUGGGCAAUCCAGUCAUCACCGACCCGGAGGGCAAGGGACCGUUGAUCGCGAAGUUGAUCAAGGGCCAGGAGUUGAAGUUGACGUGCAUUGCACGAAAGGGUAUUGCCAAAGAGCAUGCAAAAUGGUCUCCUACGUCGGCGGUUGGCUUCGAGUAUGACCCGCAUAAUAAUCUAAGGCAUAUAGACUAUUGGUAUGAGGAGGAUCCUAUAAAAGAAUGGCCUAUCUCAGAAAAUGGGAAAUGGGAAACCCCCAAUCCACCAGACCAGCCAUUCGACUACGACGCACAGCCUAGCACAUUUUACGUAGAUGUCGAAUCGAUUGGAAAUCUCGAGCCAGACGCGAUUGUGCAGCAGGGGAUACUUACACUUCAAACCAAACUGGCCACUAUAAUAGACACCCUCACGAACCCCAACGGACCAGGUGCGCAAGUGAAUGGCCUUGGAGGCGGUCCUGAUGAUGAGGACAUGGCGCUCGGAGGCGCUGUCCAAUCUCCAGAUGCGUACGAGCCACCUGAGAUCGAUGGUGGACUCGGAGGCAGCUUCACAGCAUAUGGCCAGGGCGCAAACGGUGGAAAUAGAAAUGCCUGGGGAGGUGGAACGACGCCUUAUGGCGCCACGCCGUAUGGAGCGACUAAUUAUGGAGGCUUUUGA